AUGUGUAAGCUGCUUGUCAGUUUGACUGAUGUUGUACCUGUCGCAGUUUGCCUGAUGCUGUACCUGUCACAGUUUGCCUGCUGCUGUACCUGUCGCAGUUUGUCUGAUGCUGUACCUGUCGCAGUUUGCCUGCUGCUGUACCUGUCGCAUGCUUAUCGCAGUUUAACUGAUGCUGUGCCUGUCACAGUUCGCCUGCUGCUGUACCUGUCACCGUUUGCCUGCUGCUGUACCUGUCACCGUUUGCCUGAUGAUGUACCUGUCACAGUUUGCCUGCUGAUGUACCUGUCACCGUUUGCCUGCUGCUGUACCUGUCACCGUUUGCCUGAUGAUGUACAUGUCACAGUUUGCCUGCUGAUGUACCUGUCGCAUGCCUAUCGCAGUUUAACUGAUGCUGUGCCUGUCACAGUUCGCCUGCUGCUGUACCUGUCGCAUUUGUCUGAUGCUGUACCUGUCACCUUUUGCCUGAUGAUGUACCUGUCACAGUUCGCCUGCUGCUGUACCUGUCGCAGUUUGCCUGAUGCUGUACCUGUCGCUGUUUGUCUGAUGCUGUACCUGUCACAGUUCGCCUGCUGCUGUACCUGUCACAGUUUGCCUGCUGAUGUACCUGUCACAGUUUGCCUGAUGCUGUACCUGUCACAGUUUGCCUGA